AUGAAAACUCUCUGGAAAAUUAUUUACUCAACAUUUUUUACAAUAAAUUCUCUAGCGAUAGGAAAUGAAAAAUUAAUAGAAUCAUUUGAAUCAAUCAAAACAUUUCAUCCGAUUUACAAUGAGUCUCAUGAAAAUAUAAAAAGUCAACCAUCAUCAAAAUGGCCGCCAUUUAUAAAUGAUUAUUAUUAUAAUAAUGGAGAUUCGAGAGAAGAAUUUUUAUCCGAACAAGAUGACAUGUUAUUUCCAACGAAUUUCAAUAUGUAUUCUAAUAAUAAUAAUAAUAAUAAUAAUAAUAAUAAUAAUAAUUUUAAAAUGAAAAAAUUUAAUCAACAAAUGUAUGAUGUUUACGUGGGUUACGAUUCGUUAAAAUCAAGGUACGCCCCAAAGGAACCACCAUCACACAAUCAAGAAAAUAAAUACGUUAUUAAAGAAACGAGAUUAAAAGAAAUAAGAAAAGAAUUUAUGUAUUGGUUUUUUGAUAAGGGUGGACCCGAUGAUAAGGGUGAUUUACAAAAGGAUAUACAUUGGUCAACCCCACAAAUCCAUAAAAAUUUCAAUUUUCAACUUCCUUUUUUCGGAUUUCGAUUUAAUUACACAAGAUUGUCUUUGAACGGAUAUUUAGAAUUUAGUGAUCCUCCAGAACAAUACACGUACCCCCUCACUUUUCCAAACAAAGAUUGGCCGAAAAAAAACGAUCCUUCAUUCAUUGGAAUUUUUUUUAGCAAAUGCAGAAUAGGUAAACUUAAACCAGAUGAUGCGGAUCAAAGAGAACCCGGAGUUUACUUUAGACUUGAAAGAGAUUUAGAAACAAGAACUGAUGUUUUCGGGGUUGAAAUGAGAGAACGUAUAACUUGGGAUAUUCGAGAAGGAGUAAUCGGAUCAGAUUCUUUCAAUCCAAAACACGCUGCUAUAAUUACAUGGAAAAAUAUUUCAUUUGCUGGAGGCAUCGACAAUGCAUUAUAUAAAACAAACACAUUUCAAAUGGUUUUAGCAACGGAUGAAGUUUUUACUUACGUUAUAUUUAAUUAUAAAGAUCUUCAAUGGACGACACAUACGGAAGCUGGAGGUGAUACAACUGGAGGAGAAGGUGGAACGCCAGCUUAUGUCGGUUUUAACGCUGGAAAUGGAACGCAAUCGUUUGAAUACAAACCGUAUUCUCAAGAUUCCGUUUUAAGAGAUUUAACGGGUAGAGGUUGGGCUAACGGUUUUCCCGGAAGGCAUAUUUUUAGAAUAGAUGAAAAAAUAUUACUCGGAACAUGUAAUAAAGAUAUUGCUGGAGCUAAUUUACCACUUUUUUUCGCACCUGAAAGUGGUAACAUGUUAGGAGGUACGGUUGUCAAUAUAACCGGACCUUGUUUUCUACCCAACAUGAGAAUAAAAUGUCGGUUCGACACGGAAGAAGUUAUCGGAACUAUUAUCGAUAAAAAUCGAGCCGUGUGCGUUCAACCCUUUCUUUUAGCUGAGGGGUACGUACGAUUUGAAAUUUCCGUCGGUGAAAAUGCUUAUAAUUGGAAAGGAAAAUAUUUCGUAGAAACUCCUGCCACGGCAUCGGAAAAAAUACAUUUUCAAAGUGAAAGCGUACACGACAAAAAUCCGCGGGAAAUAAUUAUCACUUGGGAUAAUUAUAAUUUAACUGCCAAUGCCGCAGCAUCCCUAACAGUAUCACUUUACGGAUAUAAAGAAACAACAAUCAGACCGCAACUUAUGUACAUUGACGUGUUAGAGACAAAUGUUGAAAAUAAUGGAAGGUAUACAAUAAUUCCAUCACGUUAUUCGGAAAGAAUAAAUUCGCCGGCAUUAUUAGAAUUAGAAUUUGGAUUUUUACAUAUAAAUCUUACAAAUCCAGAAGAUGAAAAAUUCAGUCCAGUUUUGUGGAGCAGACCCAUUCCACUUGCAUGGUAUUUCGGUCCACAAUGGAAAAGAAAAUACGGUGAAAAAUGGCCGGAAACUCUAUGUAAUAAAUGGACAAUGUACGACAGAUAUUUGAAAAAUUUUGCUGCGGAUAUACCCAUUUGCCCAUGCAGUCUUCAACAUGCUCUCUUAGACAAAGGAAGAUUUCUACCUGAUUUUUCAUGUGAUAAAGAUACAAACAUUGAAUGUUUUUAUAAUAAAAAUGCCGUACAUUGUGUGAGAAGUGGGGCUCCGAGCUUAGAAGGAUCCGAGCAACAAUGUUGUUACGAUAAAACAGGAUAUCUAAUGUUAAGUUACGAUCAGCAAUGGGGUUCCAAACCUAAAAGAUCACACAAUAUAGGUUUCAUACCUUGGAACGAAGCAAAUAAAGUACCGACGCUUUCUCAAUGGUUUCACGACAUGAUACCAUUUUACAGUUGUUGUUUUUGGCAAGAAGAACAAGCGGUCGGGUGUGAAACUCUUAGAUUUGAAAGACGUCCAAGUCAAGAUUGUGUCGGGUAUCAAUCUCCAUACGUAGGUGUCGUAUUUGGGGAUCCACAUUUCAUAACAUUCGACGGAAUGGAAUAUACAUUCAAUGGAAAAGGAGAAUUUAUACUUGUGCAAGCCAACACGGGUAGAAAUAAAUUAAAUGUUCAGGGACGUUUUGAACAAUUACCUGAAAACAUUUACGGUGAGGUAAAAGCGACAAUGUUGACGGCUGUUGUGGCUCAAGAUAAUUCAUCAUCGGUAAUCGAAGUUAGGCUUCGACCAAGUGAAGCACAAUGGCGGUAUAGACUUGAUGUUUUAGCAGAUGGUAAAAAAAUUUACUUUGAUAGACCAUCACUUAAAGUCCAACACUUUCCAGGUGUCACGGUAUACACCCCCACAUACAUACUUAACCAAUCGGAAGUGAUAAUCAUGUUUCCUUCGGGAGCUGGAGUAGAAGUCAUCGAAAACAAAGGUUACAUGUCGACAAGAGUUUAUUUACCCUGGUCUUUUGCUAAUAAAACAAGAGGACUUUUGGGAACUUUUAAUUUUGAUUAUGGCGACGAUUUUGUAUUACCCGAUGGUUCAACCGUGUCACUCAACAUCAACACAAAUGAUUUCAGAAGCAUACAUGAAAAUUUUGGAAUGAAAUGGAUGCUAGAAGAAAGGGAAGAAAGUGAAAAGGGUGGUGCACUAUUUACGAGGGAUUAUGGUAGAAUGAGUAGUUAUUAUUCGAAUCGUACAUUUUUACCAGAGUAUAAACGUGAUGCGGUUGAUAUAAUACCAGAAAACAGAACAUACGAUCGAGAAAAAGCUAAAGAAUUAUGUGGUGGAUCUUAUCAAUGUCAAUAUGAUUACGCAUUAACGUUAAAUAGAGAUUUUGUUCAUUUCACCCUUAAUUACUAUGACAGUUAUAUAAACAUACAAAAAACAAAUCAAAGAAAAGUGAUAUCUUGCGGAGUACUCGAAACGCCAAGAUUUGGUAGAAAAAGUAAUUUUUUCUUCACACCUGGAACAAAAGUUACAUUUGAAUGUAAUCAAGAUUUUACUCUUGUUGGGGAUCAAAAAAGGAUUUGCAUGCCUGACGGUCAUUGGGAUAUACCAACAUAUGGAUACACGGAGUGCUUACGUCAAGUAGAAUACCAGCAAAAACAAGGCUGGAUGGCUGUUGCAUUUAUCGGUGGAACCCUCAUACCUGUCAUCAUUUGCUUACUUUUAAUUUACGUCACUUUUUAUCGUGAUCGAAAUGAUGAUGAAAGAAUUCGGAAAUACUCGGAUAGAACGUGGCAUAAUAGAAGCACAAAAUCAUUACAUUCUAGUAUUUCCGAUCCUGAAAAAAAUUUAGAUUACGAUAAUUUAUUGAAUCCUAUAUCGAAAAGGCGACUCUACGACGGAACGUACAGGACUCGCGAACCUAUAAAAGGAAAACCUUUAGUCGAUUUUACCGAUAAAAAUGAUAAUUUACAAGACGUGUCCAAAUCCGAUUUGGAUAAAUUUAAAAAUAUAAUUACAUUUAGUGAAAGUGGAUUAAUACCUGAAAUUCGUACCUCGGUACCGGUAAGCCCGUCGAACAGUUCGAAAACGGAAAUUAAAUCUGAACGUUCUAAAUCCGAUGAUGAGGAAAGCAGCAGCAUAAUAGAACAAUCUAAAAAUCCAAAUGUUAGUUAUAACGAACUUUCGAGCGAAAGUUACGAAGAUACCGAUUACGAAGUACCCGUUAAUAAAAAUUUACAAAAUAUAUUUAAUAAUCGUUCGAAUACCGGGUUAGAAAAAGCAUUCGCAAGACGAUCAGGUUCGUCUAAAAGUUCUGCAUCGUAUAAAUCCGCAACAACCACCGGAGGAAUAACAGAUUACUCCGAAAUAAAAGAAUCUAAACAUUACACUAGUUCGAGCACGGACUCCGACCGACAUAUUGAAAAAACAGCAGACGACAAAACAUUUAGCGCGCGUAAUAAAAAAAAUAAAAUUUACACGACGAGACCGACUAGCGUAGUACAAACGGCCAUUUAA